AUGUCUGAGAUUGUGCGCUUCGAAAAAGAUCUUCAAAAGCCAGAGUUAGAUGACCGAUCUUAUCGGGUAAUUCGUCUGCCAAAUCAGCUAGAAGCGCUCUUGGUACAUGACCCAGAUACAGAUAAGGCGAGCGCUGCCGUCAACAUCAAUGUUGGCAACUUCUCCGAUGAAGAUGAUAUGCCAGGAAUGGCCCAUGCCGUAGAGCAUCUCUUAUUUAUGGGCACAGAGAAGUACCCUGUCGAGAACGCAUACAAUCAAUAUCUCACUGCCCACUCCGGCUCCUCCAAUGCCUACACCGCGGCCACCGAAACCAACUACUUCUUCGAGGUCUCCGCUACCGGCGAUUCAAGUGAGCCAAAAUCGACUGGACAGAACACUCCUGCCGACUCGGCCAAUGGAACCAAUGGGACAGUCGGUGAAGGUGUAUCCGCUUCGAACCGGGAUUUGAAGGACAAAUCUCCCCUCUAUGGGGCUUUGGAUCGAUUUGCCCAGUUCUUUAUUGCCCCUCUCUUUCUUGAGUCGACAUUAGAUCGGGAGCUGCGGGCAGUGGAUUCUGAAAACAAGAAGAACCUCCAGAGUGACCUUUGGCGCUUGAUGCAGCUGAACAAAUCUCUGUCAAAUCCGAAGCAUCCCUAUCACCAUUUCUCUACUGGUAACCUGCAAACCCUUAAAGAGGACCCGCAGAAACGCGGUUUGGAAGUCCGUAGCAAGUUCAUUGAGUUCUACAAAAAACACUACUCGGCCAAUCGCGCCAAGCUGGUCGUCCUGGGUAGGGAGAGCUUGGACACUUUGGAAGAAUGGGUUUCAGAGCUUUUCAAAGAUGUUAAGAAUCAAGAUCUGCUCCAGAACCGUUGGGAUGAUGUGCAGCCCUUCUCGGAGGCCGACAUGUGUACUCAGGUUUUUGCGAAGCCCGUGAUGGAUUCACGGUCCAUGGACAUGUACUUCCCGUUCUUGGACGAGGAGAACAUGAAUGAUACUCAGCCGAGUCGGUACAUUAGCCACCUUAUUGGCCACGAAGGCCCAGGAAGCAUUCUUUCCUACCUGAAAGCCGAGGGUUUGGCCAAUGGUCUCUCUGCAGGUGCCAUGCCCAUCUGCCCGGGCUCUGCUUUCUUUACCAUCUCGGUUCGCCUGACCCCCAAGGGUCUGAAGCUGCACCAGGAGGUGGCAAAGACAAUUUUCGAGUACAUCGCCAUGAUCAAGGAGGGUGAGCCAGAUGAAAAGAUCUUCACGGAAAUGAAGAACCUGGCAGAGGUGGAUUUCCGAUUUAAGCAGAAGACUCCUGCAAGCCGCUUCACCAGCCGACUAAGCAGUGUCAUGCAGAAGCAAUUGCCUCGCGAAUGGCUUCUCAGUGGAUCUCUCCUGCGGAAAUUUGACUCGGACCUGAUCAAGAAGGCCAUGUCGUAUCUUCGUGCUGAUAACUUCCGACUUAUCAUUGUAUCUCAAGAGUAUCCCGGUGAUUGGGACCAGAGGGAGAAGUGGUAUGGUACUGAAUACAAAGUGGAGAAGAUUCCCGUGGACUUCCUGACUAGCCUCCAGAAGGCCCUGGAAUCCACCAAGGAAACUCGCAACAAAAAGUUGCACAUGCCUCACCCCAACCUUUUUGUACCAGAUUCCGACUCUUUAUCGGUGGAGAAAAAGGAAGUUGCAGAGCCAGCCAAGACACCUAAGCUGAUUCGCAACGAUGAUCGUGUGCGUCUUUGGUACAAAAAAGACGACCGUUUUUGGGUUCCUAAAGGAACAAUCUAUGUUACUCUACGCAACCCGUUGGUGUGGGCGACGCCUGCGAACCUGAUAAAAACCAAACUUUACUGUGAGCUGGUACAGGAUUCUUUGGAUGAAUACUCAUAUGAUGCGGAGCUUGCCGGCUUGGAUUACCAUCUGGCCGCAAACAUCCUAGGCUUGGAUAUUUCUGUAGGUGGUUAUAACGACAAAAUGUCUGUUCUACUGGACAAGGUCCUGUUAACGAUGCGCGAUCUGGUUGUCAACGAAGACCGCUUUGACAUCAUCAAAGAGCGCCUGACUCGGGCCUUCCGUAACGCUGAGUACCAGCAACCCUACUACCAAGUUGGCGACUAUACUCGUUACCUGCUGUCGGAGCGCAGCUGGCUCAAUGAGCAAUAUAUCGAAGAAUUGGAGCACAUCAAAGCUGAAGAUAUUACCAAUUUCUUUCCCCAGCUCUUCGCGCAAACACACAUCGAAGCUCUGGCUCACGGCAACCUAUACAAGGAGGAUGUGCUGCGUAUGACAGAUUCCGUUGACAAGAUCCUCAAGGGCCGCGCUUUGCCACGAUCACAGUGGUACUUGCGCCGCAACAUGCUCAUGACCCCGGGUAGCAACCUUGUCUACCCGCGGGAACUGAAGGACCCGGCCAAUGUCAAUCACUGUAUCGAGUACUACCUAUACAUUGGUCUUUUCUCUGACGACAUUUUGAGGUCGAAGCUGCAGCUCUUCUCUCAGCUGACGGAUGAGCCGGCCUUCGACCAACUGCGCAGUAAGGAGCAGCUCGGAUACGUGGUGUGGAGUGGUUCCCGUUACAACGCCACGACUAUGGGCUACCGUGUGAUCAUCCAGAGUGAGCGCACUGCCCAGUACCUCGAAUCCCGCAUCGAGUCGUUCCUGGGCGCAUUCGGCCCGACCCUUGAGAACAUGUCGGACGAGGAGUUCGAAGGCCACAAGCGCAGUGUCAUCAACAAGCGGCUAGAGAAGCUCAAGAACCUGGGCUCUGAGACUGGGCGUUACUGGUCUCACAUUGGGUCCGAGUACUUCGAUUUCCUGCAACAUGAGAAUGAUGCUGCCAAUGUGCGUAAGUUAAGUAAAGAGGAUCUGAUUGCUUUCUACCGCCAGUACAUCGACCCUGAAUCAACCACCCGUGCGAAGCUGGCUAUCCACUUGAAUGCACAGAGUGUAUCUGCUGUCCCCGAUGCCAGUCUGAGUGACAAGCGUACCCGUGUUAUAGAGAUGGUCAACAAACAAUUGACUGAAGCUGGUUUCGCUGUCGCCGACGCCCGGCUGGCAACCGCAUUCGAAGAACUCGACAUGACUUUGGUCGACCAUGCACAGGUCACCUACAUUGUUAAGACCUUUUUGGUGACCGAGCUGAACCUGUCCCAGGAGCAACUCAGUUCGGUGAUUGCGAAACUGGACCGUGACAUUGGCAUUGAACUGAAGCAGUUGGGCCUGGAGCCCGAGGUCAAUGGCAAGACCAACGGCACCUCUGCUGCUAAGCAAGAGGCUACUGUCAUAAGCGAUGUGCCUGUUUUCAAGGCCAGCUUGCCUGUGAGCACUGGGCCUGUGCCUGUCUCAGACCUUAGUGAGUUUGAGGAGUUUGAUGCGAAGCUGUGA